UUGGGCAAACAAGAGCAUGGGGCAGCAUCUUGGAAAACGUGAGCUUUCUGUUCCCAAGGAAUCCUCAACCGUAUCUGAACACAUCCCAACAGACUCACCGGAGUCACAAGAUGAGGUAUUUGGACAGGGGGAGGCGGACCUUAACCAGAACAAUGGGUGCUCCAGCAAGAGUCCAGUGGUGACUGACUCCAUGAACGCUGCAGUAGAUCUCAGCAGCUGGAACCAUCCGAACACAGCCGACCCUAAUGCCUCAGGGCCCCGCCCACACUUGGUCCGCCUCUUUUCUCGAGAUGCCCCAGGUCGCGAGGACAACACCUUCAAAGACCGCCCCUCGGAGUCUGACGAGCUGCAGACCAUCCAGGAGCACAGCGGAGCUGACUCAGAGUGCGGUUCCGAGUGUGCAGAGCAGGACCUAAAUUAGAUUUCCUCUUUGCCUACUCUUUCCUCACUCCUAUUUUGGAAAAA